AUGGUGAAGACUCGGCAGGGCCGGGUGCUGUUGUCUUCUCUGGAGCUGCUGGCUGUGGAGGCUGUGAGCGGAGCAACGUCGACAAAUGAAGGAUUCAUUCCGAGCAACUAUGUGACUGAAAAGAAAUCGAAUAAUAUAGAAGCAUUUGAGUGGUACUGUAAAAACAUAACACGAAGCAAAGCAGAGCAGCUUCUUCGACAAGAGGCUAAAGAAGGGGCUUUUAUUGUCAGAGACUCGAGCCAGCAAGGGCUUUACACAGUGUCUGUUUACACUAAAGCUGGAGGUGAACAAAACGGAUCAGUCAGGCACUACCACAUAAAACAGAAGCAGACAUCAAAGAAACAGUACUAUGUGGCAGAAAAACACCUUUUCGACACCAUCCCUGAGCUCAUUAAAUAUCAUGAACACAAUGCAGCAGGCCUUAUCACAAGAUUUCGUUAUCCUGUUGGGCUAAUGGGAAGAUGUAUUCCUGCAACAGCUGGCUUCAGCUAUGAAAAGUGGGAGAUAAACACAUCUGAGUUAACUUUCAUGAAAGAACUGGGAAGUGGACAAUUUGGGGUGGUGCGUCUAGGAAAAUGGAGGGCUACGCAUAAAGUUGCAAUCAAAACCAUUUUUGAAGGUUCAAUGUCUGAAGAGGAUUUUAUCGAGGAAGCUAAGGUCAUGAUGAGAUUAUCACAUCCUAAUUUAGUUCAACUUUAUGGGGUUUGCACACAAAAGCGACCAAUCUGUAUAGUUACAGAAUUCAUGGAAAACGGUUGUCUGCUCAAUUAUUUAAGACAGAGACAAGGCCGACUUCACAAGGAAGCCUUACUGGGUAUUUGUGAGGAUGUGUGCGAAGGGAUGAAGUACCUCGAGAGGAACCAUUUCAUUCACAGGGACUUGGCUGCGAGAAACUGUUUAGUGGGUGACAAGAAUGUGGUGAAAGUAUCUGAUUUUGGAAUGGCAAGGUAUGUCCUUGAUGAUGAGUACACCAGCUCAACAGGCUCCAAGUUCCCCGUCAAGUGGUCACCCCCUGAGGUCUUUCACUUUUCUAAAUUCAGCACCAAAUCAGAUGUCUGGUCAUUUGGUGUUUUGAUGUGGGAGGUAUUUACUGAGGGUAGAAUGCCUUUUGAGAACAAGUCAAAUGCUGAGGUUGUUGAUGAAAUAUCUCGAGGAGAGAGGCUCUAUCGACCAUCACUUGCUUCGCUCUCAGUGUAUCAAAUCAUGUACAGCUGCUGGCAUGAGAAACCAGAUGGGCGCCCUAGUUUUCGUGAGUUGUUGGACAUGAUCAACGAGAUCACAAUGAAUGACCAUAAGUGAAAUGACUUCUCACAUGCUCAACAUCCUGGACGUGGAUUGAGAACAUUCAGAAAGCAUCCUGUGCAGAUGUUUUGUCUGUUCAUGUUUCACAGGCAACACAAAGUAUGUGCCUGAAAUAUCCGGAAUGACACCCAUUUCUUCACGGCAUCAGAUUACGCAGCAUUUAAGUGCAAUAAAGACAAAGUUUCAAGAAAGGAGACAGGACAGUGAUAUGUAGAUGGCUUUGUUUGUAAUGCUGCAAAAUAUCCAGCUGAGAUUUGAGGUUAUUAUAUA